AUGAAACAGUUUUGUCAAUGGGGAUUCCAGGAAAAAGAUCAAAAACUAGUGGAAAAAAUUCUUGUAGAAUGGUUUACAUCAGGUACUCUAGAAAAUAUUCUCUUACAAUGGGAAAAUAAUUCACCUAAAGAAAUUCAAACAGAAAGAACUUCAUUAAAUAUUCUCUGUUAUAACGUGCAAGGAUGGGGAUCGAGAUGCCUUGAGGUAAUUGACAUUGUUUAUAAAGUAGAAGCCUCUAUUUGUGUUUUUACUGAAGUCGGAGAGCUGUGGAAUACAUCUCGAGUGCCUCAUUUUAAUAUUUUUCAUCAACAUGGUACAAAUAAAAGCGGAGGAGUAUGUGUAGCAAUAGGAAAACAUUUAAAAGGUACGAGAAUAGAAAUUAAUGUUGAAAAUACUGUUAUUAUUGAUGUUAAUGGUCUUUCUGAAACAAUAAGAGUAAUCGCUAUUUACUGGCCAGCUGGUCAGAUCAUGAUGUUAGAAGAUUUAGAACCGUAUAUCAUUGAAAACACAAUUAUCACUGGUGAUUUCAAUGCAUCCAUAAAAGAAUGGGGUAGUGAGUCAUCAGAUAAAAGAGGUAGAAACUUGAAAACAUGGGUGGAAAAAAAUAAUCUUUGUUACAUUCCAUCGACACUGCAUUCUUCAAAACGUUCGAAUAGAAACAUUGAUCUAUCAUUUACAAAUAUAGAUGAGGUAAGAGGAGAGACUCUGAAAAUGGGUACCAGUGAUCACUGGCCACUGUUGAUAACAUGUGAGAAUGUGGGUUUCGAUAAGAAUAAAAUGUUCCCACAUGUAAAUUGGAAGGCGUAUGAAGCCAUUCUUACGCUGUUACAGGAUUUUUGGACAAAUGAGCAAAAUAGAGGCAUGCAAGCUGAUGAGUGGUAUAUGAAUUAUGUACGUUUUCUUGCUGCUCUAAAAGUCAGACUUACACAAUGGAAAGAAAAAGAAAAAUUCCGUCCAUCACUACCGCCUUAUCUUAUCCAGAAACUGAAAGAAGUAAAAAGAAUAAGAAAUAAAUAUUAUCAUGAGAGAACAAUAUUUAAUAUAAAUGAAGAGACAAGAGUGCUAUUACGUGUGAUGUCACGUGAAGUAAAGAUAGAAAUUGCAAAAUAUAAAUCGAGUAAAUGGCAGGAGUUUCUGUCUAAAAUUCAAGAAACACAUGACAACACAGAUAGAGCCUUUUGGUUAUAUCUCUCUCGGAUAUAUAAACAUAAAUCACUACCCUUUUCGAAAUUGGAUACCGGUAAAACAGUAUUGACAAAAGAAAACGAAAUUAGCGAUGAACUUUAUUGUUAUUAUUCAGAACAGUUUAAAGCACAAAAUACGGAUAUGUCAGAUCCCCAUGAAAAUCAAAUCGAAACAGAGUACCUAGAAUUGAUGAAUAAAAUUCCGAUAUUAAAUGAAAAGAUUGAAAAGACGAAUUUUACAGAAAUAAAAAAGCACAUUUUAAAGUUGAAACCGAAAAAAUCAUCUGGUUUCGAUGCAGUAUCUAACUUUAUAAUCAAAAGAAUUCCACCUGGUUAUAUUAGUUGUUUAGUAAAUUGUUUUAAUACUUGGCUAAACGAACACAGAUAUCCCGAUAUGUGGAAAUUAGCUAAAAUAGUUACACUAAAUAAAUUAAAAGCAGGAAUACCUCGUUGUGACCAGACUCGACCAAUUUCACUAUUGGCUACACAUUCAAAAUUAUUCGAAAAAAUUAUGCUAGAAAGACUGAGAUACUGGGCAGAAACUAAUAGACUAGUACCAGCUGAGCAGUCGGGUUUUCGUCCAGGGUGCUUACUCCAGACGAGAGUCCUUUCUAUAUAUCAAGAGGUUAAAAACAAUAUGACUGCAAAUAUUCCAACACUAGCAGUCUAUGUUGACUAUCAAAAGGCAUACGAUAAAGUAUGGCAUAAAGGUCUUGUUGUUAAACUCAAUAGAAUGGGUAUACCCUUAGGACUAUUGAAAUUAAUUAUUUCUUGGUUGAAUGAUCGCCGAGCGUAUGUUAUAUUUGGAGAGAAUAAAUCGAAAAUUUUUUACACUCACAUUGGUUUGCCUCAAGGCAGUAGUUUAAGUCCCUAUCUUUUCAUUGUCUAUCAUAGUGAUCUUGUUACAUGUUUAGGUGCUUUUUCAAGCCAUAUUUUCGCUGACGAUCUCAACGUACUUAUAUCCCCACCUAUAUGUCGAGGAUUUCAGCCGAUGAUUAAUUUUUUAGAAGAAGAAGGAACAAAAAUAUGUAAUAAAAUAGCGUAUUACUCCAAGAAAUGGAAACAACCAGUUAAUUUCUCAAAAACAGUAGUUCAGAUUUUUCACUCCCAAGUACAGAAUCCAGUAAUUGAUAUCUAUAUGGAAGGUAAAAAACUAGAAGUAGUUAGAGAAUUUAAAUAUCUUGGUCUUACUUGGACAAAUAAGAUGUCUUUGAAACCAACGAUAGACAAAACACUUGAAAGCAUUCAAAGAACGUUUAGUAAAUUAAGAUGGAUGAAAGGUGGUAAAACCCUCUCAAAAGAUGUCUUGCGAAGAUGUUUCUUUGCCUUCAGUUUUCCAUAUUUUGCCUGGAUAUUUCCUUUCUACCCCUUCCUGCCCGAAACUCAAAAAGAAUUACUUCUAAGGAAAUUUAGAAACGGAUUAAGACUGAUUCAUCGCUGUCCCUUUGCUCGAGCAACAGAUCUUCUUCAAAUAACAAAUGAAGAGCCAUUAGAAGAAUACGUGAAAAGAUAUAUAAAGAAACGAUUAGAACGAUUUGAAAGAUCAGAUUUCGGUCUUUCACUCUUUUACAAUGAUGUAUUCUUCUGGGAUACAUUUCAUAAAAAUAAAAAUGAUCAGAUGGGACACUUUUUUCGAAUGAAACGAGUUAGACUUAUGCGUGAAAGACAUCAAUCACUGCUUCUUCAAUGGCUUGAGUUUUUAUGUGUGUGA